GCCGCGCGUCUCCUUCCGCGACACGCUCUCAGUCUCACGCCACAGCUCGUCGCGUUCGUCAACGGUCGACCCAUCGCCUAUGGAAGGAAGGCGCGAGCCGGAGGCGGACGGCGGAAAGGCCGGGGGCCUCCCGCCGUCGGAGCCGCCGCACCUGCAGGGCCAGCCGCCGCAGGAGUACGGGUACGGCACGUUCCAGGGUCCUCGACAUCCUCCCGUCGGGUUCCCGCAGCCUGCCCCGCCUCCCGGGCUCGGCAGCGGCGGCUAUCACAACCAGCAGCAGCCGUACGCGCCUGCGGAGACGUACUACGCCCAGGGGUACCAGGCCGUACCAGGCUAUGGUCCUGUUGCUGAAGGAAGACCUGUGAGAAUGAGGCGUCUCCCAUGUUGUGGCCUCGGCUUAGGCUGGUGUCUGUUCAUAACUGGGUUUUUCUUGGCUGCCAUUCCAUGGUUCAUUGGAGCUUUCGUUCUUAUAUGUGUGCGGGUACAUGACCAACGAGAGAAACCAGGAUACGUUGCUUGCACAAUUGCUGCCGUUGUUGCUGCCGUUGCCAUCCUCUUGGGGGUAACUAAAGGAACGCACGUGUGGUGAAUUGCCUCCAGAGAAGGCAAUCAAUGUGUAUUUGCGUUGUAUAUCUGUGUGUGCUAAAAAGUGUGGAGCAACAUCCAUGUGAUCUUAUGUCCAUAUAUAUUCUACUUUGCAAUGAAGUUUGAAAUGUAGUAAUGUACCAUCUGCUUCUUGUAAGCAGCACUGCAUCAUAUAUAAUAAGAUACCUUUUAUUUAAAUUGCGG